CAGUCUUCUUUUCUUCCCCAAAUCCUCAAAAAACACAAAUAAAUCACAAACCCUACCCAAAUGAAGAUCCCCGCACCACCAAUGUCGAUCCUCUUCACCAUCCUUCUCCUUUCAUUCACCCCAUUCCUCACUUCCUCCACGUCAGAUUCAGAUCUCUUAACAGAACUUAAAUCCAUCCAAUCACGUUCCCCCUCCAACGUCAUCCACCUAAACGACAACCUCCUCCGUCGUAUCAUCUCCACUAAACCCAGAUCAUUUUCCUUAAUACUAUUCUUUGAUGCAAUUCAACUUCAUGACAAAUCUGAACUCCACUUAAAAUCACUGAAAUCUGAAUUCAAUCUCUUAUCAAAUUCCUUCACUUUAAACAACCAAGAUUCCCCUGCAACUCUUUCCAAACUCUUUUUCGCCGAUAUCGAAUUCGGCGAAUCGCAGUCGUCUUUCGCUCAAUUCGGGGUUAAUGCAUUGCCGCAUAUCCGUUUACUCCCUCCAAAUGCAGUCAGUUUGAAAUCUGAUUCAAUUCAGAUGGAUGCAGGUGAUUUCUCUCGUUUAGCUGAAUCAAUGUCUGAAUUUAUCGAGUCGAAAACUAAGAUAUCUAUAGGACACAUACAUCGUCCCCCCAUUGUUUCGAAAACCCAAAUCGGGUUUAUUUUGAUUGCGUUUUUGAUAUCAUUGCCGUUUUUGAUUAAAAGGGCUUUAGCUGGUGAGACAAUGUUACAUGAUAAGAAAAUUUGGCUUAUGGGUUCGGUUUUCGUUUACUUUUUUAGUGUUUCGGGUACUAUGCAUAAUAUAAUUAGGAAAAUGCCUAUGUUUAUAUCGGAUAGGAAUGAUCCGAAUAAGUUGGUGUUUUUCUAUCAAGGGUCUGGAAUGCAGUUGGGAGCUGAAGGGUUUGCUAUCGGGUUUUUGUAUACGAUUGUUGGAUUGUUGUUGGCUUUUGUUACUCAUGUUUUGGUUAGGGUGAAAAGUAAGACUGCUCAGAGGGCGAUUAUGAUUUUGGCGAUGAUUGUUUCGGUUUGGGCUGUGAGGAAAGUUGUGUUUUUGGAUAAUUGGAAGACGGGUUAUGCUGUCCAUGCUUACUUGCCUUCGAGUUGGUGAAACGAGUUAGAUAAGUUUAAAAAUUUCAUAGAUUCGGCUUUUUAAGCUUAUGAUGAACUAUUUGCAAUUGUUAUACAUGCUAUCGCUUGAAACUUUUAAUGAGCUGUUGUUUUUCUGUUUCGAGAAUCAAACUAAUGGUAGAAUUAUAUGUGUCUAUUUGUAUUUGCA